UUAGGAGGGUCUCCCCAGACAGAAUAAGCGCGUGGAUGUUGGGAUUUGGGCGACUUCUUGAUUCCGUGCCGAUAGUAAUCCAUUAAAAGCCUAUGGCACUGGUGACACACUGGCACGUCCUCUCCGCCUCUCCCGCAUCUGCUCGGCGCGUCUUAUGAGUUCUCUCGAAUCGAGAGCGCAGGCAGCACGCAGGCUCAGCACACCGUAGCCCAUCGGAGACCCGAGAGAGCCAUGACUUUGAGCUCCGAGAUGUCGGAUGCGUCUGUGCUCUCGGAGGAGACCGACAUCGACGUAGUCGGAGAGGGAGAUGAUGGCGACGGCCAGACGCGCUCCUACGUGGACGAGGUGUCUCAGAUGCACGACGAGAUCCUGCUCGGCGGUUCACCGUCAUGUGUGGAUGCCUCCGCCGCACGGGACCCCUAUAAGCCAGCAAGUAAGAACACCCUGGUGAAGCCCCCAUACUCCUACAUCGCACUCAUCACCAUGGCAAUCCUCCAGAGUCCCAAGAAGCGCCUGACGCUCAGCGAGAUCUGCGACUUCAUCAGUAACAGAUUUCCGUACUACCGGGAAAAGUUUCCAGCUUGGCAGAACUCUAUCCGGCACAACCUGUCCUUAAACGACUGCUUCGUCAAGAUACCGCGGGAGCCCGGGAACCCCGGUAAAGGCAACUACUGGACACUGGACCCAGAGUCCGCCGACAUGUUUGAUAACGGGAGCUUUCUACGCCGCCGGAAACGCUUUAAGCGCCAGCAGGUGCCUGAACUUCUCCGCGAUCACGGAGGCUUUCUCCCCGCGGCCGCUGCGUACGGCUACGGACCUUACGGUUGUGGAUACGGUCUGCAGCUUCAGUCUUAUCAUGCGCAUUCUGCGCUCCUCGCCUUUCAGCAGCAGCAGCAGCCGCUGCCGCCGCCGCCCUCGUGCCGGCAUCCUCACACCGGAACUCUCAUCCCCGCGCCUUCCCUCAUGCCAAACACUGCGGAGCUCACCCGUUCCCGCUUCUAUCCUCCUCUAAGCCCCGGGCUUUCUUCCCCCAUACAGACUGCGGCUAAGUCCCCGGUUCACCGUUCACCCUUCUCCAUAGACAGCAUUAUCGGGAGCUCUUUAAGCCCCACGCACUCGCAUUGUGCCUCACGGACUUCCCCAGUGGUCCCGGUGCUUCCGCCGACCCUCGCGUCUCAGCACUCCCCAACCCCACUACCGGGAGUCUUGCACGGACCGACGUCUUUACACGAAACCUACGCAAACCGGAUUGUCAGUGGCACUAGCGGCUGUUAAUUUUUUUUUCUUUUUUUUCACAUUUUAAAGCGAUACACUCCUGUGUUUAAGGUAGGAUUAUUUUUGUAUUGUUUGUUUCACGCAGCUGAAUGGUGGACAUUAACACGUUCGUGCCUAUAUUCAAGCUGUGAAAUAUGAAUAUAUAUUUAUGUUAACAUUUUAGUUCAAUCUAAUUUCCGCCCCCACGAACUUUUCGUUGUCGGUGUGAUUGUGGUAAUCACUGCAUAGGGCGUCUCAGGACAACAUUUUUAACAGGCUAUAAAAUAAAUUGUCAAAUGUCUAGAAUGAUAUAUUUUGUGUGAAAACACAGAUGUUUU